GAGAAAACAAACAAAUCGCUGCCACACCAAACUUUUUUUCCUUAGUGACGAUGAGCUACCGACCUGCAUGCAGCAGCAGCGGCAACCAUGAAAGCGAGGGUGAGUAUUAUUGGGAGGUGAAGAAGCCACCGCCGCCUGUCACGACACUGCCGAAUCAAAACCAACUCUACGCGUUUUACUUAACGCGCUGCGGCCACCACGGCGUCCGCAAACCGCACCGGGCGGUGCUAGCACUCCUCGCCGAGGACACGCCGUCCCACACGCUGCGACUGACAGCGGAGGCGGCGGAGCGCGGCGUGGCGGCAGCAGACCUGGCGCACACGGAGGACAGCAACGCUGACGCCGCGUGCGUGGCGGCGCGUGCGAGUGUUGCCGCGCUCGCCCAGCAGCGUACGUUUUGCCUGGCCCACGACAGCGGUGCUGGCGUGCCGAUCUAUGUAGGAGCGCGCGGCAUGCUACCGCUCCUCGACCUGGUGGCCGAGCUGCCGCUGUUGGAGGAGCUGGACUUCUCGACUGUCUCGUCGUGGUACGACAACGACACCGUCGCCAGCUGCAGCGUGGCGGGGAAUGACGUCGUGCUUCGCCUGUGUGAGAUCCUUCCCCGUCUGUGUGCUUUGCGUGUGUUGAACCUCAGCGGCCACCCAAUCGGCUGCGCAGCGGGGGAGCGUCUUCUCGCUGCGGUUCGAGCGGCGCCGACGGUGGUGGAGGUACAUCUGGAUGGAGGCGGGCUGAGUACGCAUCUGAUCAACGCGCUGCAGCAGACCCUGCGUGACCACCGCGAGGCGGAGGCACAGAAUGGGCAGCGUCGGCUGAUUGCGGCUGAUUGCGCGGUGCCGCCGUACAUCUCCGCCCUGCCUCUACUCGACCGCAAGACGCUGCGGGAGCAGCAGGUGUUACGUGCGAUGCUGGAAGAAGACGUGAACUUCGCGAGCGUAGUGUCCAAAGACGAUUUGGCGGCGAUGGUGCUCACGGCGCGGGUGAUGAGUACCACAGAGGCCAUCUUUCGUUGCGGAAAGGCGGGCAUCCUCGGCGACGGCGCGCACCUCUUCAUUGUCAAGAGCGGCUCCCUCCGCGUGUACGUCGAUCUCGUCGGCGUCACGCUGGGAAAAGGCGACUACUUUGGGGAUAACUACGAUGCCACGCUCAUCCCCUGUUCCCACCUCGUGGAGGAGCAGCGAGGGCUCGUCUACGCCGUUCCGCUCACGUCCUGCGCACAGCUGGUGGAUCGGUGGGCUCUGCGGGUUGGCGAGGCGUGGCCGUGGCUGCAGCGCACUCCGCUGCUGCAGGCCGUGGGGGCCUGGGCGCAGCUGCGAGUCGGCACGUGUUGCGUGUGGACCUGCCCAGAGCCGGCCGAGACGAUCGUGGAGGUCGGCAGCGGCGAAGGGGAUCUCUUCAUUGUAUGCGACGGCGCCUACGCCGCGUUGGACGUGCGGGACGGCGACACGGCGCAGUUCAGCGAGCGCAACGUGCGGUGCGUCUUCACCCGCUACGACGUCUUCGGGGUUGAGGCGUCCGUGGCGCGGCGGCACACGAGCUCCGUGCGCAUCAAAGCGGGGAAAGAGAAGGACACCGCUUACCGUCUCCUGCAGAUGCGCGGGUGCGGGGUGCGGCUUCUCCAGCAACAGCUGCGGCCGGUCUUCGCGUCGCUCGCCAGGAGCUACUCGCUGCACGCGGACUUGUGCGCAGGGGAAGCGCCGUCGCUGGAUGCCUAG